UUGUUUGUCUAUCUGUUUGUGCUUGUUUUUGAUUUCGCGGAAAACUUCAAACUUUAGCAUAAAUCUCUCCGCUCCCCCCAAAAGAUGCCAACUGACAGCGAGAUUUAACGGAGGUUGAAAACAAACGGACAAACUUUCACGAUAACAAAUGUAUUUCUAAAUAAUUAUCUUUGGAGACACGAAGGUUAUCAUCGCAUGGGAACUUUGAGUAAAAAUCACUGGUCACUGGCAAACACCGCGCGAGGAGGACCGUUCAAAGAUCCAUAAAGAUGUUCUAUACUCACCGUGUGGUUCUGUUAAUGAGUACAGCAUUAGUACUCGUAUACACUACAACUUUGUGCCCCAGUGGCUGUGGGUGUACGGACGACGACAUGGGUCAAAUUAACGUGAUCUGCGAAGGACUUACGGACUUUCCAGUAUCAUUGCCGAAGCGUACAGCCCAACUCCAAAUUCUGCACUCUAACUUGCACUCCAUUCCAGAAAAGGCUUUCUCCGACUCGCCGGAUAUCCGGAGUGUGUACGUCCGCUUCUGUAACGUGGAAAUCAUUUCUAGCCUGGCAUUUACAAAUUUUCGGAAAGUUGAGGACAUAGAAUUUCAGAGGAACAAUAUCACACGAUUUCGAUCGUUUUCUUUUUCGGAUAUCAACGUUUCUUCUAUUUCAAUUUCAUACAACAACAUUGAUGUAAUAGAAACGCAUGCGUUUUCAGUCAUAUCAGCAAACGACCAGAUUGUGUGUUCUAAUAAUUUCAUCAGAGAACUCGGUCCUGCAUCAUUCAGCCGCGUUCAGGAAGCCAAAUUAUUCCAGUUUCAAGCAAAUACUGUAGAAUCCGUUCGAGAUCAUUGUUUUACAAACUUUUCAUCCAUUGAAACAUUCGAUUUUUCAAACAAUCACUUUCUAUACGUCGAGCCCCAAUCAUAUAAUCCAGAGACAACCAAGAUAUUCAUAAUAUUCCAAAACGCUAUUGAUUGUGAUUGUGAGAUAUCUUGGAUUUUUAAAACACCUUCGUUCGCGCGUUUUAUAGACUACAAUUACUGCGACGAUGCACAGGAAGUUGCCUUGUCCGAAUGGUAUUCAAAGUAUCAACCACUAUGCAAGUCCACAACGACAAAUGGCAUUUCUCCGGAUUUCACAUCAAAAUCAGUGACGUCCUCCAGAACUACGUCAUCUAAAACUACUCCGCACCAUCUAUCAACACCGAAUCCAGCAUUGUCCAACGCAUCAAAGAUAACGACAACGGUUUCUUCUACGUCAUCGCACUCGAAGCGUACGUCACAAAACUUAUUUACACAAAUCAGCACCCAAAGAAUCACGGAUCGUCAAUCGACAACGAUUUCAAAUUUUGUUACAAAUGCCAUAAACACCGUUCAUUCUGGAAAUGAGGAUUUGAAUUCAUCUCCUAAUUCCAUUGGAACAAACGCGCCUCCCGGACUAAAGUCACAUGCGAACGUUGGAGCGGAAAUAAGGACGGAUGUCCUAGCUACCCUGGUGACGUGCCUCAUUGUUUUCUAUCGGUAACUGUUCAUGAAAUCAUACAUUUUCGGUGAGGAUCAUUUUGUGCCUUGCCGUAAUUAGUUCCCAAUUUUCUCGCAAAAGACUGUCUUCCCUUGCUUUUCAGUAUCUAACACGCUUUUAGUUUUGUAGUGUUUAAGGGUAUUGCCACAAACUUUUUCAUGUAACUAGUUUUCUGUAGCAUUUAGAUUCUUUUUGUUGUGAAGGUACAAUUCUCAAUUGUGUACAGAAAUCUGAUUCUGCAUUGGAUGCCUAAAACUUUCUUGUACUUGUGUUGUGGAAAAACUAACGUGCACUACAUUCAAUAGCUUUAAUUAAGAUAAGCAUAAUAAUUGUGUACUAUAUAUUUAUGUAUAAAGGUUGCGAAUUGUAUAAGAGCUGAUAGAACUCAUGAUUUAUUUAGGUAGUCCUUCUGGCUAUUUCCUUUUACUGUACAUGAUAUAACUGUUUGCAUAUUGAAUAAAUGCUUGUUUAUGAUAAAAUUAAAUAUCUAAAAAGCCA